AUGUCGAAAGAAGAGGCAUCAGAACGGAUUCCUCCUUAUAACAAUGUGGGAAAAGACAUCGAUGCCAAGGAACUGCAGUUCAGCGAAGCUGCUGGCCUCUACGGUGAUGCUGAAACUGCCGCACGUUAUGGCUAUGUUACUCGAGGACUGAAAUCCCGGCACAUUCAAUUCAUCGCCUUGGGUGGAUCUAUAGGCACGGGUCUCUUCUUGGGCAUUGGUCGUGCUCAUGUUCAGGGUGGUCCACUCAGUAUUCUUCUUGGUUAUACAUUGACUGGAGUUGCAAUCUUCGGAAUGAUGAUGUCUCUCGGUGAAAUGGCAACAUGGCUUCCCCUUCCCGGAGCUAUUCCUCAUUUCUGUGGCCGGUAUGUUGACGAAGCAAUGGGAUUUGCUGUCGGCUGGAAUACUUGGUAUCAAUGCGCCAUCACCAUCUGUGUUGAAAUCGCCGCCGCCGCCCUGCUUAUUGAAUUCUGGCCAGGCGCAAAGGGAAUUAACGUCGGAGCGUGGAUCGCACUAGUUUGGGUGCUAAUUAUGUUUCUGAACGUCUUCGCUGUGGCCAUCUAUGGUGAGGCGGAGUUCAUCUUUGCAAGUAUCAAGAUUGUCACCAUUGUCGGCCUUCUUAUCCUGGCGCUUAUUAUUGAUCUUGGGGGUGGUCCCGAUCAUGACCGACGAGGAUUCCGGUACUGGAAAAAUCCCGGUGCAAUGAAUGAGUAUGUUGCAAAAGGUGACAAAGGCCGAUUCCUUGGAUUCUUCUCGACACUGGUGAAUGCUGCAUUCUCGUACGGAGGAGUAGAAAUGGUUGCUUCUGCGGCCGGUGAGGCAGCAAAUCCACGACGAAACAUCCCUAAAGCUAUCCGGAGAGUCUUUUGGCGUAUUCUUGCCUUUUAUGUCUUGGGAUCUCUUGCCAUCGGAAUGCUAGUUCCAUAUAACGACAAAAAUCUGCUGGAUGCUCGGAAGACGUCGUCAAGCAACGGCGCCGCCUCCCCAUGGGUCAUCGCUGUUAAGAGUGCCGGAAUUCCAGUCCUCCCAUCCAUCAUCAAUGCGGUUAUCCUAACCUCCGCAUCCUCGUCGGGUAACGCAUUCUUGUACACAGGUAGUCGCUACCUCUAUGCAUUGGCCCAAAACGGACAAGCACCGAAGUUUCUCCUUAAAUGCACCAAACUGGGUGUGCCGAUUUACUGCGUCCUGAUCACCGGAUCCUUUGGACUUCUCACUUUCAUGUCCACCAGCGCAGGCGCCAACACUGUCUUCCUCUGGUUCCAAAACUUGACCACAGUCGCCUCGCUUUUCACCUGGGUUUCCAUCAGUGUCGCCUGCAUUAGAUUCCACCACGCAAUCAAAGCGCAAGGCGUGGAUCGUAGUUCCAUGGUCUUCCGAGCUCCCUGGCAACCAAUACCUGCGUACUUUUCCUUGGUGUUUUUCUCCAUCAUCAUCGUUUUCAAUGGCUUCGAUGCCUUUGCGCCUGAGUUCAAAGUCCAAAGUUUUCUCACUGCCUACCUUGGUGUCCCCAUUUACUUCGCACUCUACUUCUUCUGGAAGGUCUAUAAGCGGACAAAAUUCGUCGAUCCUGCGGAAGCCGAUAUUUGGUCCGGCAAAGCUGCUCUGGAUGCUGUGGAGUGGCCUCCGGACAACCCACGUAACCUCAUCGAGAAGGUGUGGUACUGGAUCGCAUAA